AUGGACCCGUGUGCUUCCUCUUCCGAUGUAAUUGCGGCGCUUCAAGCUGAAAUAACCUCCCUCCGGGCAGCCCUCCACAGUGUUACUGCUGCCUCUUCGCCUCCUCCUCCAUGUACAACCACGUCUUCCCCCGUGAUUAGGCCUGGCCGCGUCAAAAUCGACCACAUGUCUGCAGAGGUCACAGACAGCAAUCCGUACAGCCGUCUAAUGGCGCUCAAACGCAUGGGCGUUGUGAAGGAGUAUGAACGCAUCCGAGAGGUAUCCGUCCUCAUUGUUGGUCUGGGCGGCGUAGGGUCUGUGGCGGCCGAAAUGUUGACUCGAUGCGGAAUUGGGAAGCUUCUGCUCUUUGACUAUGAUGUCGUGGAGCUGGCCAACAUGAACCGUCUCUUUUUUCGACCCGAACAUGCAGGCCUACGCAAGACGGAGGCCGCCACGGCCACUUUGGAAAGCAUCAAUCCGGACGUGUGUCUGGAGGGACACCCCUACGACGUCACAAGCGUGCCGCACUUUGAGCAUUUCUUGGACCGCCUCCGCCGUGGCGGUCCAGAUGGAAGGUCACCCGUCCAUUUGGUCCUAAGCUGCGUCGACAACUAUGCCGCCCGCACUGCCAUUAACCAGGCUUGCAACGAAGCGGACGUGGCGUGGAUGGAGUCGGGCGUGAGCGAAGACGCGGUCUCUGGGCAUAUCCAGACGCUUUUCCCCGGUCGAACCGCGUGUUUUGAGUGCCUUCCCCCACUCCUGGUGGCCUCGGGCGUGGAGGAAAGCACCUUGCGACGGGAAGGGGUCUGUGCCGCUUCCUUACCCACCACCAUGGGCAUCGUCGCAGGAUUGUUGGUGCAAAACGCCCUCAAAUACCUUUUGGAUUUCGGCGACCUGUCGUACUACCUGGGGUACAGCGCGUUGACCGAUCAUUUCCCUCGGCACACCCUGUGGCCGAACCCGGAUUGUGGCAAUAUCUGGUGCCGGCGACGGCAAGAAACCUGGCGAGGGAAGGGUAGGGCUUGGCAGAGAAGGGAAACGGACUGCCGGGAGAUGGGGGAGGGCGCGGGGCCGGUGCACGGGACGAAUGAAUGGGGCAUUGAGGUGAUUGGGAGGGAAGGGGUUGAUGUGGAGGGGGAGGUAGGAGUGGAGAGGGGCAGCGCAGCUUCCGUACAACAAAGCGGGAAGGAAGGAACGGAAGCCUCCUUGGAAGAAUUGGCAGCAGAGCUCUCUCAGCUUCAAUCCUAA